GCGAAGCAACAACAAGUCCCGCAACAAUAGGAAGGCGAAAUCCGCAUCGCAGGCCGGGAAUGGACAGCUAGUACAAGUUCCAUGGGUCAACUUCGGCUUGACCGAGGCGGAGUACAAGGUCCGCGGCCGCUACGGCAGCUGUUAUUGGUGCAACAGCACCAAGCACAAGACCUCCCUGUGCCAGGAUCAGGGCAAGGAGGAUGUGCGACCCCGCCUCAAUUCGGGAAACUGAGUUCCACGGAAGGUGAGGCGAGUCCACCUUCUACUCCGCCAGAUUCGGCCGCCUUGCUAGCGGCCUCCUGCACAUCUGGGGAGGAUGCGAAUGUCGCAGGUUCUCCUUACACUUACGAGGACUAUGCUGUCCACUUGGUUCCACCGCUGGACCAACCGCUCCACGUGCAACAAUCUACCGCAUGCACGGUUUCAUCACCAUCGGCAACCGAUUCGGUAGCUUCGCCGCCAUCUAUUGUCGGGGAUUCAUCGUCGUGGUCAAGACGUGAGGUGCUCGACCCACUGACGUUCACGGACUUCCAGUGGAUGCCCGUUCCCCCGACCGGACGAUUGCCGAAACCGCAUUGCAAUGUGCUCAUGGCACAACUGCGGGAUUACUUGCACACUGCAGGACCAGCUCCGUUGAUGGACGCUGGAGUAGAGGUUGUCGACCUUCACGCUUACAUUGCGAAGAUCGACCGCGAGUUCAAGAUGCAACGGUACGACGACAUUGACGCACCAUUGCUAUAUGUACGCAUUCAGAUCGGAGAGGCGACCUACAACGCCUUGAUCGAUUGCGGAGCAUCUCGCAACUACAUCAGCCAGGACUUCAUGGUGCGCGCCGGCCUUGGCCCACGCGUCCGGAGGAAGUCCCAGCCUACGCAAGUCACGUUGGCGGACGGUCACACGCACAAGUCAAUCGACCGGUGCAUUGACAACGUCCCAGUGUACUUUGCCCCGCACGCAAGUGAGGCGGUGUCCUUUGACAUUCUGGACACCAAAUUUAACAUGAUCUUGGGCAUGUCAUGGCUGCGAAGUGAGGAUCACCCGGUGAACUUCUUCCACCGCACCGUUCACAUUCGUGAUCGGAACGGAGUACUAGUUCCAUGCACGAUGCCUCUUUCUCAUCCUUCGAUCAAUUGCCACGUGGUAUCCGCCGCAAGCGUGCGAGCUUCCAUCAUCAGAGACGACAUCGAGGAGAUGGGGGUAUGUUUUCUCCACGCCCUCCUGCCACAUGACGCUUCACUGACGGACUCACCUUCGGAUCCACGCAUCACCGAGCUUCUCGACACCUACAACGACGUGUUCGAAGGCCCGCACAGAGUAGUACCGGAUCGACCCAUCCGCCACGAGAUCAUCCUCGAGGACGGGGCCGUACCUCCGCGCGGUUGCAUCUACCGAAUGAGCGAGGAAGAGUUAAGUGUGCUUCGGGCACAACUCGACGACCUUCUGGAGAAAGGCUGGAUUCGGCCUAGCUCAUCGCCAUACGUUGCUCCUGUUCUCUUCGUCCGGAAGAAGAACAAGGAUUUGCGGUUGUGCAUCGAUUAUCGCAAGCUCAACGCGCAGACGAUCAGAAACGCCGGCCCUCUCCCACACAUCGACGACCUUCUCGAGCGACUGGGCGGCGCCAAGUUCUUUUCCAAGCUCGAUCUCAAGUCGGGAUAUCACCAACUCGAGAUUCGCAAGGAGGAUCGCUACAAGACCGCCGACCUCGACACUCGUUUCAUGUCAACAUUUUGGACUGCGCUCAUGCAGGAGUCCGACACGACAGUGAAACCAAGUUCGGCUCGGCAUCCACAGACAGAUGGGCAAACGGAGCGAGCAAAUCAAUCCGCUCAAAUGAUGUUUCGUACGCUCAUCCGUCCGGACCAGAAAGAUUGGGUUGACCGCCUCCCCGACAUCGAGUUCGCCUACAACACUUCGGUGCAUCCAGCGAUCGGCGUGACUCCAUUCGAGUUGCACCACGGUGGACGGAAAGGCCGGAUCUUCGCCAACCUUCUCCUCCCUCGACCAGCCGACAUUGACGCUGCCGGCUCUCCCGCUUCCGUCCGGAAGUAUAGGGAAUUGCUGACUCAAGCACGCGCAAACAUGCAAAAGGCUCAAGUCCGCAUGCAGCAGCAAGCCAACAGGCGACGCAUACCAUGUCCCAUCCGCGCCGGUGAUCUGGUUUGGGUCUCCGCGGAAGAGUUUGCACUGGAACAGGAUGUUUCACGCAAACUGCUUCCCAAGUGGUUUGGACCUUGGUCUGUGACAGCAGCCGCGGGCGAUGAGCCCGAUGGUCCUUCAUUUAUGAUCAACAUUCCAGAGCAUCUGACGGUCCAUCCGGUCUUCCACGCCUCGAAGCUGGCAACAUACACGUCAGCCAAGAGCGACGACUUUUCGGGCCGACGAUCACAGGACCCUCCUUCUAUGGAUGGUCACCAGGAAGUUGACCACGUCAUCACCGAUCGCAAGUACAGCAGCAAGCCGCGGCAGCUCAAAGUCACAUUCAAAGCAUGCGAUCGCGAUGACACUCGGUGGAUUUCAGGCGCAGAUUUGAAAGCAUCCGCACCGCUGAUCUACGCGCAUUAUGAAAAGCGGAGGUUAGCUCAGGAAGCUUCACAACCAGCCCCUCCCACCCGGACUGUGGUCCCUCCCUCAGACAGACAGCUUCGCUCUCGCAGGUAAGCUCGGUUCUUCAAGGAGGGGCCCGUCCCGGACAUUCAGCCUAAAAGCCUA